AUUUGAAUGUAGCUAUUUGACAGCUGCUAACCCAACUAAUAUAUUAAUUACUUAGACUACGAUCAAAAACUAUACAUUUUAUUAAUCCUCUUUCCUACAUCUCACUGAAGGAAACUUGAUAAUUUUUUUAAAGCGAACCAUGUCUGAAAAGGAAUAUGCUCCUUUAAGUUCAGCUUGUGUCAGAGCUCUUCAUGAUAAACUAUAUGAAAAAAGAAAAACUGCAGCUCUCGAAAUUGAGAAGAUGGUUAGGGAAUUCUAUAAUGUAAAUAAUACAUCGCAAAUACGUAGGUUACUGAAAGUUUUGGGCCAAGAUUUUGCUGCAUCACAAAAUCCUCAUGCCAAAAAGGGAGGCCUCAUAGGGUUAGCUUCAAUUGCAGUAGCAUUAGGGAAGCAGGAUUCUGAAAUAUACAUGGAGGAGUUGCUGUCCCCCAUCUUGAGUUGUUUAUCAGAUCAGGAUACAAGAGUUAGAUAUUAUGCUUGUGAAUCUUUAUAUAAUGUUGUCAAAAUCGCGAGACACUCUGUUUUGUCUCACUUUUGUCCAAUUUUUAAUGCCUUAUGUAAACUUGCUACUGAUCCAGAUCAAAAUGUUAAAAGUGCAUCAGAACUGUUAGAUAGAUUGAUGAAGGAUAUUGUAACAGAAAGUCUAAUAUUCGAUCUUGAUAGUUUUUUACCUUUACUGAGGGAAAGAAUAUGUAGUAGAAAUUCUUUUGCUCGGCAGUUUGUCAUAGCAUGGAUCUCAGUGUUGAAUAUGGUGCCAAACUUAAACCUCACUAUUUAUUUGCCUGAAAUUCUAGAUGGAUUAUUUAAAAUUUUAGAUGACCCCAUUGUUGAAGUGAAAAAAAUGUGUGAAGCACUCCUAGGCGAAUUUUUGAGAUCAAUAAAAAGUGAUCCAUCAAAAGUAAAUUUUUCUGAAAUGAUAAAUAUCUUGAUUGUACAUGCUCAGGAAAAGAAUGAUGAUUUAGUCCAGUUCACUGCUAUAACUUGGAUUAAAGAAUUCGUCCAAUUAUCAGGGCCUCACAUGCUACCAUAUAUGUCAGGCAUUUUCACUGCAGUAUUACCGUGUCUCUCAUAUGAUUCGGACGCCAGGAGAAUGACAGACAUAAAGGAAACUGCUACGGCGAUCAAUUUCACCUUAAUGAAGCUCCUUUCUUUGCAAGGGGAAAAAACAGAAACAGAGAAAUCUAUUAGGUCCGAUUCAGAUAUUAUUGUGAAGGAAAACAUAGAUUUGACUGCAGUGGUUACAGUGCUCACUCAAUUCUUGGCCCAUAAUUCUAUUCAAACAAAAGUUGCAGUUCUAAAAUGGAUAUAUGACUUGUACUUAAAAAUGCCAGAACAGGUGGCGCCACACCUUGAAGUUUUGUUUCCUGCUUUGCAACGGACACUUUUAGAUCAAUCAGAUGAAGUUGUUCAACAGUGUCUUGUAGUUAUCGCUGAAAUUAUAUCUCCAUACCUUGAGAAUGUACUGAAUGAAAGCGAUUCCAUGGAAUGGAAUUUUUUGAACGAAUAUUGGGACACUAUUGAUCAAGAUUCAAAAAACCAACAAAUGGUCAAAAAGAAGGAUAUGUCCAAACGAAAUCAUGAAAUUGAUACCUAUAAAAAAGAUUUGUCCAUUUCUGACAAAGAUGAGUCAAGUGAAGUUCCAUAUUUCACAAAAUUCAUUUCGGGUUUGCUGACUUCCUUCAAAGUAAAUAAUGAAUUUCUAGAUGAAAGAGGGUCAUUUGUAUUAAGGCAGCUCUGUUUACUUCUGAAAGCUGAAACAAUUUAUUUAGCAAUAUCAGAAAUUCUUCACAAUGAAACUGAUCUGAUAUUUGUGUCUUUAAUGGUAGAACACUUGAAUAUGAUAUUAUUAACUUCAUCAGAAUUAUUUGAGCUUCGAGAGAGAUUAAAAUAUUCAUAUCAAAAAAAGGAAAACUUUGUAAUCUUUAUUUGUCUAUACAGAACAUGGCGUUUUAACGCAGCAGCUACAGUUACUCUUUGCUUUUUAACACAGCAUUUUGAAUGUGCUUGUAAUAUAAUUAAAAGGUUAGGUGAUUUGGAGAUAACAGUGAACUUUCUAACAGAAAUUGACAAAUUCGUCCAAUUGCUUGAAUCACCAAUUUUUGCAUUUUUAAGAUUAGAAUUAUUGGAAGUACCUUGUGACCCAAAUUUAAUUAAGGCUCUGUAUGGACUUUUGAUGUUAUUACCACAGAGUGAGGCCUUCUAUACUUUGAAAUCCAGACUUGAUUGUAUACCAAGUUUGAAGCUAAUGCACGAUUCCAGAAAUAAUGGAAAUGAGACUACCAAAUGUAAAACACCUGUUCAUCAUUUCAAUCUAUUUGGGGAAUUUAUCGAUGCCCAGAUAAAAUAUCAGGAAUUUAAAAAGAAACUUCGAAUUAGUGAUGUAAAUGGGAGACACAGAAAACAUUAAAAAUAAGAUUUUUUGGAAUAUUUCAAUUGAGCAUAUUUACCUUCCCAUUUAUUUAUUCUUCUUGCUAAAUGUUAAACUUGAGCAUAAUACAGUAACCAGAAAUGUUUGUGUGUUUGAUAAUUUAAUUGUAAAAAUUUGUUUACAAUUUUUUUAUAAAUUGUUUUAUCUAAUGAUCUUAUAAUAUGGUAAUUGUUUGAACUCUGAUGUAUGUAUUUUAUAUAGUUUUAUAUAGUAGUGCAAUUACCACAUAUAUAUGUAAAAAAAUAAAGAUUUAUUAUUCUCUGUAUUCCAUUCAAUACUAAAACUUAAAGCACUAUAGGGGGGUCUAGACCACAGCAGUAGUUGUUUACUUUUUCACACAUAUGGCCACCAAUACAUUGUCUUUGAACACAUUUUUGGGAAUUCCCACAAAUAAUGUAACACUUAGAACCAUAGAUGUAAAAUAAGGCGAGAUGCAAUCACCCGACUAAAAUGGAAUCGGGUUCGCCUAAUAUGUGUUUUAUGACAUCUUAGGUUCUCCUUAUUGGUACUAUUCAUUUGUCAAGCAGUAGUUAACCUCGUUGUUUCGUGUUUGGGUGAGAUUAUUGUGGAAAUUAUUUAUAUUUAAAAGACAAAUUUUGUUGUAUAAUAAAAUAAAUGAUAGUGCCUUGUAUACUAUAUAUUUCUUUUAAUAUUUGAAAGCCCUAUCUGACUAUUUCACCGGAAACAAAAUCUAAUUCUGAAUGAGAUUUUGUAACUUGCUUCAAAUUGUAAAAUGUAGAAACAUAGAAUGCUGUCGUCCAAAAAGUCCCAAUUUAGAUUAAUAGACAAUAGGUUUUUUCCACCACCAGUAAAAGUAAAACAAACAGUUAAUGAUUUGGUUUUGGAAGAUAGAGGGCAAUUUCUUAAUCUUAAAAUCAAUUUAGUUCUACGCUUAAAUGCUUCACCCAAAGAUUUCCAAAUGCCCAACGAUUUUUUUUUGUCAGACGGUAAAAUUGAAGCUAUCAAAUCGAACAUUCAAAACAUGUCAUCUUUAUUAUGCUUCUGUCAAGUCACUAAAUUGUCACAUGGGGAAGAUACAUAAAAAAUUAAACAUUAACACUAAUAUGCUAUAAACUGGUGUGCAUUAUUCAAAAUUUAGGGCACCACGAUGUUGAAUAACUCGAUGAGAACGACGUAUAGAUGUUUCCAAAAUUGGAUGCAAGUGAGCAGACACACAACAUUGAGCGGCAAACGUCCAAUAUCAUCGAAAACUUAGAAUCCCGGAUUCGGAUGUCAUGAAUUGAAGAUUGUUAGUUGCAGUGUCGCCGUCAGGCAUUUGGCGCCCCUGCAAAAUAAAAUUUCGCCGCCCUA